UAUGAAAGGUCAGCCAUUUUGUUAAUCUCAGGUCAUGGUUUGAAAGUUUAUUCACGAUUGGCUUAAAGUUCAACCAAUCAAAACAAGGCAAGUACGGUGUGUGGCGUAACACAGCACACAGCUGUUAAUUUCUCACCCUCACUUUUUUCUGCCCUUCAUUGAGGCCUAGGACACUGGUGUUGUUUUGUGGAAUACACUUCAAGCUUCACUCUGAAUCUGCUAACUAUAUAAAGAGGCAUCUAAACUACAAGCCAAGUAUUUGUCAGUGGGAAGUGUAUUAUAAUCCAAUAAUUCACUGUUUACGCGAAAUGGAUUUUCGAGGCAUUGGCUUUCUGCUCCAAUGUUACCUGGUGUUGGCAGCAGCCAUGUAUUUUGAUCUUGGUGAGCAGGAGGAGAAAUGUAUCAUUGAGGAGGUUCCUGAAGACACACUGGUGACUGGUUUCUUCCUGUUGGAGCCCUGGAAUUUACGAACGGCCACCCACACGCCUCACUUUGGCGUCACAGUGACAAUCAGAGAUCCAAACCAUGAGGUUCAAAUGACCAAACGCUUUAGUAAAUUUGGCAAAUUUACCUUUUCGGCUCAUGCCUCUGGACAGCACUACCUUUGCUUCCAAACCAAUUCUACAAGAUUUUCCGUCUUUGCAAUGGAAAAACUGAAGCUGCAUUUGGAUGUUCAGAUGGGAGAACACCCAACAGACCCCAAUAUUCACAACACUAAUGAUGACAUAGAGUCACUGGAAAACAGCCUGAUGCAUCUCAAAGAUCAGAUGAAGUACAUUACCAAACAGCAGGAGUAUCAGAGGGAAAAAGAGGAGGUGUUUCGUCAGAUCAGUGAGGAGACCAACAGUAAAGUACUGUGGUGGGCCGUGGUGCAGACCUCUAUACUGUUGUCAGUGGGUUUCUGGCAGAUGAAACGACUCAAAGAUUUCUUCAUCGCCAAAAAGCUUGUCUAAAGAUGAAAGCUGACCUGUCAGCACUGUAGCUGUUUAUUACCAACAUCUGUCUGAGCGAAAUUACUAUUAGGCCUUGUACAUUGGAACAUAAUGCUUUACUGUAUAUCCAACAGAGCACGACAAAAUAAAUCUCUUAGAUUAACAAAAGAUUUAAACUAUGCAUGCAAAACCACAGUAUUUUAUGGUUCACUUCUGUUGAGUUUUAUAUUUAAAACAAUGGUUAAUUAUUGGGUUAAUUGUUAAUUAACAAUUGGUUAAUUCUAGCUCAGUGUAACACUAUUAACCUCUCAAAUAGUGUUGUUAUAAGCCACUUAUCAGAAAACAACACUGAAUUUUUAAAUGUUGAAAAGACUGUGUCUUAAUCUCAAUAAAGAAAAAACUACGAAACAGUGAAGCUUUCCUUCUUAUUAUUCCCUUCU